AUUCAAACCUGGAUGGCCAAGGUAUUGAUAAUGACUGAACUAACUUCUUUUGGGUGCAUAAAUUAGGCUUAUUAAUAUGAAUCCCCACAGCCUCAGCAAUAUUUAGAAGUCGAACUCUUAAAGCGAAAUUGAGAUUCGUAGGUAUGCGGUAAAUGACCCUGAAAGCAUGAUUGACGUCAAUCUUGGCGGAAACACUGAAAAGACUGAAACAACAAGGCUUCAUCUCGCAGAGUCAGUACACGUCACUGGAACGUUCACACCAAGACUAUAUGGCUCGCCUAAAGUGCACAAAAAUGGUGUACCGCUACGACCAGUAUUAGAUAUGCUAAAUUCACCAUACCAUCCGGUAGCCAAAUGGUUAGUUGAACUCUUACAGCCCCUUCAUACUGAGUUGGUGAAACAUAGUGUAAAGGAUACAUUUGGAUUCGUUGAAAGGAUAAGAGAUUUUAAUGUUGAUAAUAAAUUCAUGAUAUCAUUUGACGUAUCUUCUUUAUUCACCUCUUUAUGUACCUCUCAUGGAAACAGUAGACUUUAUAUGUGAAGAACUUAAAAGACGAAACAUCGACGUUGGCAUUCCUAUAUCUUCCAU